AUGGCCUCCCGUCUCAUGGAACCCUCCGCUGACGUCUCGUCGCUCUGUAGAAAGGAUAGCAAGAUGAUGCACAUCAACGUGGUCGUUAUCGGCCACGUCGAUUCCGGAAAGUCCACCACCACAGGUCAUUUGAUCUACAAGUGCGGUGGAAUUGACAGACGUACCAUCGAGAAGUUCGAGAAGGAAGCCAACGAGUUGGGCAAGGGUUCUUUCAAGUACGCAUGGGUUCUUGACAAACUGAAGGCCGAGCGUGAGCGUGGUAUCACCAUCGAUAUCGCCCUCUGGAAGUUCCAGACACCUAAGUACUAUGUUACCGUCAUUGAUGCCCCUGGUCAUCGUGAUUUCAUCAAGAACAUGAUUACUGGUACUUCCCAGGCUGAUUGCGCCAUUCUCAUCAUUGCCGCUGGUACUGGUGAGUUCGAGGCUGGUAUCUCCAAGGAUGGCCAGACUCGUGAGCACGCCCUCCUCGCCUAUACCCUCGGUGUCAAGCAACUCAUCGUUGCCAUCAACAAGAUGGACACCGCCAAGUGGUCCGAGGCCCGUUUCCAGGAAAUUAUCAAGGAGACUUCCGGCUUCAUCAAGAAGGUCGGCUACAACCCCAAGACUGUUGCUUUCGUUCCCAUCUCCGGGUUCAACGGUGACAACAUGAUUGAGCCCUCCACCAACUGCCCAUGGUACAAGGGUUGGGAGAAGGAGACCAAGGGUGGCAAGUCUACCGGAAAGACCCUCCUCGAGGCUAUCGACUCCAUCGACCAGCCAUCCCGUCCUACCGACAAGCCCCUCCGUCUUCCUCUCCAGGAUGUCUACAAGAUUGGUGGUAUUGGCACGGUGCCCGUCGGCCGUGUUGAGACCGGUGUCAUCAAGGCCGGCAUGGUCGUCACCUUCGCCCCCGCUGGUGUCACCACUGAAGUCAAGUCCGUCGAGAUGCAUCACGAGCAGUUGGUCGAGGGUCUCCCAGGAGACAACGUCGGCUUCAACGUCAAGAACGUCUCAGUCAAGGAAAUCCGUCGUGGUAACGUUGCUGGUGACUCCAAGAACGACCCACCUCAGGGAGCCGAGACCUUCGACGCCCAGGUCAUCGUCCUCAACCAUCCCGGCCAAGUCAGCGACGGAUAUGCCCCAGUCCUCGAUUGCCACACUGCCCACAUUGCUUGCAAGUUCAAGUCCAUCAAGCAGAAGAUUGAUCGUCGUACCGGAAAGGCCCUCGAAGAGAAGACUGAUGACAAGAAGUUGAUCAUCAAGUCUGGUGAUGCCGCCAUCGUCACCAUGGAGCCAUCCAAGCCCAUGUGCGUUGAGGCCUUCACUGAUUACGCUCCUCUCGGAAGAUUCGCUGUCCGUGACAUGAGACAGACCGUCGCUGUCGGUGUCAUCAAGUCCGUCGUCAAGAUUGACAAGGCAACCAAGGUUACCAAGGCUGCCCAAAAGGCCGGUGCUAAGAAAUAG